GCCUUGGCCCCCUCUUCAACCAUCCGUCUCAUGACCAAUGCACUCCUCCCGCCUUCUCCCCCCCUCAUUCCUCCUCCCAUCAUGGAAUGCGCGACAACUACAAUGUCUCUUUCAACGGCGCCACGUAUACCAAAAAACACGCAUUCGCAACCGCGACGGAGAACCUCCAAAACCAAAAGGUGAAUCUCUCUUUGGAACACGACGUCUCGACCUUAUUCCACCUAUUAAGCCACCUACUUCUCUUUUCGAAGAGCUCUUCCCAGAAGAACAACAGAAGCCUCCUUCGUCUUCACCACCCUCAAAACGCUUCAAACCUCCUCCUCCUCCGAGGUUUCCAAAACUGCCUACAUUUGACUGGACAUCUAAUAUCGAGACAUUUGACGAAGCGGAGGUGCGGAGACGAGCUGCGGAGAAAGAGAGGAAGGAUUGGAAUAUUGUGGGAAAAGAGAGAGGAAGUGAAGAGGAGGAUGCGGUUCAGAGACGAGAGGCUAGUGUGUUGAUUUUGAAUUGUGCGAGCAAGACAUUGGAGGAGAGUGACUUUUUUAGAUUGAGUCCGAAGGGUGAACAUAUUGAGGGUUGGACGAGUGGGAUCAUUAAGAUUAUUCCUGGGCGCGACCCCCAAACUCUCGAGUCCUUAGGUCAUUACUUCAUUCUCUUCAGUUCGCGCGCUGCCGCUCUGGCCUACUUCCACCGAACUAUUGAACUACACACUCUCUCCCGAACCCACAGCCCUAACAGCAUUCCUCUCCCAUUUCAAACCUCCAACCGCUCCUCUCGAAGCCCCGAUCGACCCCCUUCAACUCUCCCUCACUCCCCAACCGAACUUCAAAAUCUCCUCAAAAACUUCACCCUCGUUCCUCCGUAUACUCGUCUUUCCCUACGCAUUCUUCAAAAACCCUAUAGACCAGCCAUGACCACUCUCUUAGCAACCGGAGCUCCUGCCACCCUCACACAAUCCCGUUCCCAAUCCCACGCCAUCGACACUGUCCUCUUCACUCUCAACAUUCCUAGCAUUGGACUAAGUUCCUGGGGUCUCCGAGAAAUUCUCGAAGCAGACGGUAAACGUCGCAACCUACACUGGCGCUUCGCUCAAUCUGGGGCCAUCGUCCGUGUUGGCGAAAAGAUUGAUUCCGCAACUGGAAGCGAAAAGGUAGAAAUAGGUUAUCGAGGAGAGAAUAUUAUCGGAAGGAAGAAAGCUUAUAAUACGAGUGGAAGAUAUAUAAUCUCAUUUAUGGAUCGAGCAGAAGCAAGAAGAUUUGUGAGAGAAUGGCACAAGAGACCUUGUCCGUUGCAGAAGGAGUAUAAGGAGGGAGAUGAACCGCCUCCAAUCGCUAAUGUCGAGAUUAUGUGGUAGUGGGGGACGGAGAGAGAGAGGGGGGAUGUCUUGGGAAUAGAGUGAAGAUGCGAGAAAGAAGAAACUCGUCGAACGAGUUCUACGGAAGUAAUGUUAGUUAUGAUGCGUGGUCACUUAAUGAGAAAUCGAAAGAAUGAAGUCACUUUUUGACAUCACAUCACUUCUCACCACACUCUCAUCCCUCACUUGAACAAAUAAAUACCCAAUAUUAAAGCCAAGAUGAUUUAAAAGUCUGAGAGAGAGAGAGAGAGUAUAGAUACAAGGCAAACCAAACCAACCAAUCCCAUACUACAAGAUAGAUACCAAGAUGAGAAUAAAUAAAUCCCAGUACAGAAAGAAGUAUAAAUCCCAAUUAUCUCGUGUCAUACAUAUCAAUAUAUUCUACUCCUUGUCUUGCUAGAAUGUAAAUGUAGAUUUAUGUAUCUGUGUAUAUAUCUUGGAGUUAUUGUUUAAAUAGGAAAAAGAGAUGUAGUAUGUGUGUAUAUAUAUAUA